UCUUCACCUUCUCUUGCUAAUUCUCCUUGCUUGGCUAUUGUGUAUGUGUAUGUUGAUUUUCCAUUCCAUGAGGUAAUAUUUUGUUUCUCACUAUUAGUUUCAUAAAUGCGAGCUUUUUCUCUCACUGAAUGCUCCUUUGAUUUGACCUUGCUUGCUUUCUUGUUUGUUCAUUUUCUUGUCAAAAGAGAUAUCUCCUAUGAUGAUGUAGUAAGAUUGCAUGAAACUUCAGCUGCAAGAGAUCAACUUGUCCAAGGAAGAAUAUGAAAUUGCUUCAGAAUUAGAGAACACUCAGCUCAGAAGUCAGAUAUACAAUUAUUGAGAAAGUUAGUGUUAGGGUAUUUUGGUCUCAUAUUUGGGAAGAUUUUAUUGUGUGACAAUACAAGUUGGGAAGGAGUUUUAAUAUUUUGAGAAAAACCACAUGAUGCAGUUCCUUAGGUGCUUGAACUUGCAUUAUUAGGGUCAUUUGAUAGGCAGUGGCUAGGUUCUAUUCUUAGUUCCCUCAUCAGUAGAAGUUAGCAAGACUGUUAUAUUGCAGCACUUGACAAUAAUAUAAACUGAAACAGUGAAACUUAAACUUGAUGCUUUGUCAACGAGAGGGCAGGCUGAACUUUCUUACCUCUAUAAAAAGUUAUCAGUAGUAUUCUUGAUGUGUGCUGGGAACUUUUUUACUCUUAACUGGAUCUAUGCAGCUUUAGAGAACUAUAGAUGUAAUGAGAUGCAAUGAGAUGUCUGAUAAAGUGUUGAUGGAAUUUGAAGUGUCAUAGACUUGUAAUAUCUAUAUUUUAAUUAUUCACAUGUUCCUUGUUGCAAGAAGACUAGUGAUCUUCUAAGAAAUAGGUUUGUGCUCGUGAGGUUUAUUUGCUUAUGAUGGGAACCACAAUAGAACAGUGCUGAGAGUGCAUGUGAUUGGGGAGUUAAAGCAAUCCAUUUUCCAGCUUUCACUUGGAUCAUGCUGCAUCCCUGCCUUAUUUUCUUGAGAAGACCACAUUCAGAGGUCGAGUUUUCAUGACUCAUGCGACAAAGGCUAUCUACAAGUUGCUUUUGACUGAUUAUGUAAAAGUGAGCAAAGUUUCAGUGGAAGAUAUGUUGUUUGAUGAGAAAGACAUAAACCGCUCAAUGGAUAAAAUCGAGGUUAUUGACUUCCAUCAGACUCUGGAUGUUAAUGGCAUUAAAUUUUGGUGCUACACUGCUGGCCAUGUCCUUGGUGCUGCCAUGUUCAUGGUAGAUAUCGCUGGUGUUCGAGUGCUGUAUACUGGAGACUAUUCACGUGAAGAAGAUCGGCAUCUUCGUGCUGCUGAGAUGCCACAAUUCUCUCCAGACAUAUGCAUAAUUGAAUCUACCUAUGGUGUACAACUCCAUCAACCUCGACACCUUCGGGAGAAGCGCUUCACUGAUGUUAUCCACUCCACCAUCUCUCUAGGUGGUCGUGUUCUAAUUCCAGCAUUUGCCCUUGGCCGAGCUCAAGAACUCCUUUUGAUCCUUGAUGAGUAUUGGGCAAACCAUCCUGAGCUUCAUAACAUUCCCAUAUAUUAUGCUUCUCCCCUUGCGAAAAAGUGUAUGACUGUUUACCAGACAUACAUCCUUUCUAUGAAUGAAAGGAUCCGCAAUCAGUUUGCGAAUUCAAACCCCUUCAAAUUCAAGCAUAUAUCACCGUUAAAUAGCAUUGAAGAUUUUACUGAUGUAGGGCCAUCUGUGGUUAUGGCAAGUCCUGGAGGACUGCAGAGCGGGUUGUCAAGGCAGUUGUUUGAUAUGUGGUGUUCUGAUAAGAAAAAUGCUUGUGUUUUACCUGGAUAUGUUGUUGAAGGGACCCUAGCUAAGACAAUCAUUAAUGAACCAAAGGAGGUACAGCUCAUGAAUGGACUAACUGCACCACUCAACAUGCAGGUCCAUUACAUCUCCUUCUCUGCCCAUGCAGAUUAUGCUCAGACAAGUACAUUUUUGAAAGAGCUCAUGCCUCCUAACAUUAUUCUUGUUCAUGGAGAAGCCAAUGAAAUGGGAAGGCUCAAACAGAAACUUAUCACAGAGUUUGCUGAUGGCAAUACCAAGAUAAUCACCCCAAAGAAUUGCCAGUCUGUUGAGAUGUAUUUCAACUCUGAAAAAAUGGCAAAAACAAUUGGAAAGCUAGCUGAAAGGACCCCGGAUGUUGGUGAAACUGUCAGUGGUAUACUGGUGAAGAAGGGCUUCACUUAUCAAAUCAUGGCACCUGGAGAUCUCCAUGUCUUCUCACAACUAUCAACUGGAACUAUUACUCAGAGGAUUACCAUUCCUUUUUCUGGUGCAUUUGGUGUGAUAAAGCACAGGCUUGAGCAGAUUUAUGAGAGUGUGGAGUCUGGAACUGACGAGGAGUCUGGGUAUCCAACAUUGCAAGUGCAUGAGCUGGUAACAGUGAAACAAGAGUCUGAUAGACAUAUUUCACUUCAUUGGACUGCUGACCCCAUAAGUGAUAUGGUGUCUGAUUCAAUUGUAGCUUUGGUUUUGAACAUCAGCCGGGAGGUUCCUAAGGUAAUUGUCGAGUCAGAGGACAUAAAAUCUGAGGAAGAAAAUGAGAAAAAAGCAGAUAAAGUGAUUUAUGCCCUCCUUGUUUCACUUUUUGGUGAUGUGAAACUUGGAGAGAACGGGAAGCUGGUCAUACGUGUCGAUGGGAAUGUGGCAGAGCUUGACAAACAGAGUGGGGAUGUUGAGGGUGAGAAUGAAGGUCUCAAGGAACGAGUUAGGACAGCAUUUAGGCGAAUUCAAAGUGCUGUGAGGCCAAUCCCGCGCCCGCUCCCUUCAUCUUAGCUUUUCUCUUUCCUUUUCCUUCUUGUUUCAACGUGUUUCUGACCUUCGAGAAUAGAUUUUGUUUCUAUUGAGCACUAAUUUCUAAUUUAUCCUCUGUUUCCGUAGUAA